AUGCCAAUGAAACGUACUCCGACUAAAAAGAAUAGCAGCAAGUGUAGCUCCGGUACUAUGCAGCAUAGCGAAUCCGCUCCAAACAUUGCCGCGAAAUGCGAAUUAUCAGCUAUAGAGAAUAUAAAUCAGCGUAAGCGUAAACGUGGGGAGGAUGAACUGCAAUCUUUUAGGAAUGAAUUUAUGGAAAUGUUUUCGUCAUGGAAGCGGGAGCAGGAAGUUAAUUAUACAAAUAUUUUAUCAGCAAUCGAAGAAAUAAAGGUUCAAAAUUCGGAAAUACAUAAAUCUAUAGCUUUCAUGUCCGAAAAAUAUGAUGUAUUAGUUGAAAAAAUCCGCACACUUGAAAAUGAAAAGAAUUCAAAUCAUCAACAAAUAGCUAUCUUGGAAUCUAAAAUGGAAACAUUAGAGAGAAGUAUUCGAUCAGCAAAUAUUGAAUUAUGUAACAUACCCAAAUUACCAAACGAGAAUCAUGAAAAACUGCUUUCUAUAGCGCAAGAGACUGCCAGGGUUGUAGGCGUGCCGAUUGAUAAAUCGAAUAUUCGUAACAUUUACCGUAUAAACUCUAAAAACGAGAACAAUAAACCAAUAAUUGUAGAAUUAUCUAGUGCUUUGUUAAAGGAGAAGAUUCUGAAAGCAGUUAAAAUAUAA